UUACGUGGCUCCUGGGGCGGCGCGCGGAAGCGGCUUACGUUGCUCCUGGCCCGGGCGUCGGCUUUGUCUACUCGUGGACGACUUCCGCCAAAUGAAACACCCUGUGGCAUGGUGGCUGGGGCCUAGGAAGGCGCAGAAGAGGCCCGCACGCCGUCCCCCGUUGCACUAGGCCGCCGGGCUCCGGCUCUCGGAGGCAGCUCGGUUGCUAGGCAGCGCGUCUGGGCGCGGGAGGAGGGGCGGGCGAUGGACCAGUACUGCAUCUUGGGCCGCAUUGGGGAGGGCGCGCACGGCAUCGUCUUCAAGGCGAAGCACGUGGAGACUGGAGAGAUCGUUGCCCUUAAAAAGGUGGCUCUGCGGAGGCUGGAGGACGGCAUCCCCAACCAGGCGCUGCGGGAGAUCAAGGCCCUGCAGGAGAUGGAGGACAAUCAGUAUGUGGUGCAGCUGAAGGCCGUGUUCCCACAUGGGGCAGGCUUCGUGCUGGCCUUCGAGUUCAUGCUGUCAGAUCUGGCUGAGGUGGUACGCCACGCCCAGAGGCCGCUGGCUCAGGCGCAAGUUAAGAGCUACCUGCAGAUGCUGCUUAAAGGUGUCGCCUUCUGCCAUGCCAACAACAUCGUGCAUCGGGACCUGAAACCGGCCAACCUGCUCAUCAGUGCCUCGGGCCAGCUCAAGAUAGCAGACUUUGGCCUGGCCCGGGUCUUUUCCCCAGAUGGCAGCCGCCUUUACACGCACCAGGUGGCCACCAGGUGGUACCGAGCCCCUGAGCUCCUGUACGGUGCCCGCCAGUAUGACCAGGGCGUCGACCUGUGGGCCGUGGGCUGCAUCCUGGGGGAGCUGUUGAAUGGGUCCCCGCUUUUCCCCGGGGAGAAUGACAUCGAACAGCUUUGCUGCGUGCUUCGCAUCUUGGGCACCCCUAGCCCUCAAGUCUGGCCGGAGAUCACAGAGCUGCCCGACUACAACAAGAUCUCCUUCAAGGAGCAGGCGCCUGUGCCCUUGGGGGACGUGCUGCCCGAUGCAUCUCCCCAGGCCUUGGACCUACUGGGGCGGUUUCUCCUCUACCCCCCACGCCAGCGCAUUUCAGCCUCCCAGGUCUGGAAUGAGGUUUCAAGGACCAAGGAAUUGUGGAGGCAGCUGUGUCUGAGACGCUGGUCCUCUUGUAAAGACUCCCAGAUAACCCUGGGCACACAAACAUGGAAACAGUACUAUCUCUGCCGAUCGGAGCUGGAGUUCCGAGUGGAAUCUGGGCGGCCAGAGAAGGACUUUGUCUGCAAAGUCAUUGCCGGGCACAAAGGAGAGAUAGAUGAGCUAGCCUACAUCUCCACCAACGAGUACCGCUUUGAUGGGCAGGCGAAGUCCGUGGCGUGCACUGUGUCGUCAGAUGGCACCGUGCGUGCCUGGGAUCUGCAUGAGGGCACAGAGAUCUGGUCGAGCCCUCUACAGCCUGCUGCUCUGGUGAAUUUGGUGGCUUACCCUCGGCUGCAGCUGGUUGUCACUGUGGACGAGCGGGGACUAAUCAAAGUGUGGGAAGCAGAGAAUGGGUGGGAGUCAGCCUCCUUCUGCCUGCCUACACACUCGUCUGCGCUGGAGGCCUGCGACCACACAGAGGGCCCGGUCCUGCUGGCGGCCUGUGCCGAUGGAGCGCUCUACACGCUGACGGUGCCCAGGCUGCAGCUGCUGUCGAGGGUGAGCGUGUCCCCGAACCUCCCCACCAGUCUGCUCUGCUCUCCUGACCGCCAGUGGGUGUUCGCAUUGACCCAGAACUCAGACCUGGGGCCCAAGGUUUUCCACACGCGCUCCUUGCUGUAUCCCUCAGACGACGUGCCUCCUGUCUCCACCACUCUCCCCGUCCGGCUGACUUCCAGAGCCUGCUGGGCCCCCGAUGAGGCAGCCAGGCUGGUGGUGAUGCAUACAAAUGACAAUGGCAUACAGUUGGUUGUCACCACCUGUGAGCUAAGGACCAAGAAGUCCAGGGAUGGAGUGGACAUGCUGGUACAACAGAUCGCAAGUUUUGUCUUGCCAGACACCAUGAAGCCCCCUCACCUUAUGAAGGGCCACAGCUCCCAGGUGAUCCUGCUGGUGUCUGGGUCGGAGCUGGUGCUCUUCACCAUACACGGCCUGCAGCUGGCAGUCUUCCAGGACCACCAGAAACCCAUCACGUCCAUGUGGGUGGACCAGAGCCGAGUCAUCACCUCUUCCUUCGACCUCUCCUUGCGAGUCUACGUGUGGAAUAAGGACAAUAAAUUUCCUGUCCUCAAGAGCUGCUACCACUUGCUCGGGGGGUCCCACCGGUGGGCCAGUGGAUUUACCCACGUGGAAAGUGACAGUAUGAGCAUUGUAGGCGUGGAAGCCAGAAGUGUCGGCACGAGUAUUCUAAGGUCCUAUUACUUCCAAGUGCAACAGGGCUGAGAUGACCACAUUGACUGAAGAUCAUCUCACUUUGGCGAAGAGCUCAUAUACAUACAAAGAUUAACAUGAUUAUUUUAUUAACGUUGGGAAAGGAAUUAGUAAUUCGCAAGUACUGCUGGGGUCAGCACUGUGCUAUGUGAGUUUAUUUUUAAAUCCUCACAGCAAGCCAGUAUAGUGGGUAUGAUUGUCUGUUUUUCAGACAAGGAACAGGAAAUACAACAGGAGAGUCAUUAACCCAUUGUUAGCUGUGGUCCAGGUGCCUGGCAACCUGCCCAGGGCUAUUCAGAUAGUGACAGAGAGGAGAAAAUGCCUGACGGGGGGGCUAGAAAGCCUACACUUACAGUGCUGGGAUGGUAACAAUUGUUCGUGUUGUUCAAAUAUGUAAGUAAAUAUUUUUUAUUUUCGUAUUCUAUGUAGUGUGCUUUAGACACACACUAAUAAAUAGUUUUUGCUGUCACGUAGAAGAGUUUUGUGGCACCAUGCCGCAUAGCUGUAGGGAGACUUGUAUUUUGCGACAGUGGUGCCCCUGGACUUGGUCCAUGCAGAAGCCCUGGCUGGUCAGGCGUGUCACUCAGAGUUCCUUCUGCAAGCAAGAGGAACAGCCAGCUGGCUAAGUAACAAAAUUCCAAAAGAGGAAUUUAUUGGAAGGAAAGAGUAGCUCACUAAGUCAAUGAGAAGGCUGGAGAAACAGGCUUGGAACCAAGGGGAGCAGGGCGGCAGGCAACAGCAAGGGGCUCCUCCACUGAGGUCUGGCUUGGACCAUCCCAGCUCCGCUGCUGGCACUACGACGCCCCCCUGGCUCUACCAUAUCGCUGCUACUGUACUUCGGUCACUGCCACCAUCCGUAAAUUUCCCAGCUGCCCCAGAGGGAGUAUGACAACUCAAGACUCAGAAUACAAGGGGUAUGUAUGUGUGUAAUUUGCUGACGAGGUCAUAUGCCCACAACAUCAAGGCCAGGAUGGGGAGUCUGGCCCCCUCUGCUUCAGUAGUAGGUGUUCCCAACCCAGACACACACAGUGAAGAUUUCUUCAAAAGUAGGAAGGAAAGAUUCCUCAAAAAUAGAAAAUAAGGAUACAAAGCUGUCUACCGCAGUCUACUACUGCUAUGGCUGCCCAAUACCCAGAUAUACUCUAUUUCCUAUAUUUGCACUUUAACAACUUUUUUUUUUUUUUUAACCUAACAGAUAGCAACUGUAUGCUGCAUAGCCAAGACUGGAUGCAGUCAUUUCUCCAAAAGAAAAUCCAAAGCCUUUUUUUUUUCUUUUAAAGCUAAGAUAAGGUUUAUUUUGGGUAAUUUUAGACUUACAGAAAAGUUGCAAAGACAAUACAGAGAACUCCCGUAUGCUCGUUACCCAGCUUCCCCUCAUGGUAACAAACAUAACUGGUAUGUUUGAAAACCCAAGGUCUUUGUUAGCUCUGUAGGGGUGUGUAUCUCUCUUAUUUCUGUCACAAUGUUGCUUGAUAUUCUAAAACUUGUGGACUGAGCAGUGAAGCAGUAGUAACGCAUCCUAAAUACAGUAGAAGGGGAAAGAGAAAAGGGAGGAGAAAUUAGCAGUAGUAAAUAUAACACAGCAAGAAAGGAAAUAGCUUUACCUUCAGAAGAUGAAGGGAAAAUUCAGGUAAGCUGAGAUACUAGGGAUUUUGCUGAAGACGGAAAGGAUCUGGGGUUUUGGCAAGAGGUUGGAGAUCAGAUAAGGGAAAGUUAGUCCAGUGUAUGGGUCCGCCUGAGAGCCUUGGACCCGUGGUGACUAGGAAAACAGUCCUGGUCAUUUUUUAGGGGAAGGCAGCUAAUCAGGUCCAGGCACUCUGUCCUCAGCUGCCGCAUUAGGGUCAGGUCGUGUUGGUAAGCCCUACUCAAGAACUUGUGCAGCUCUAGGGACCCGGCUGUGGGUGUGCGGGAGGCUUGGAAGGGAGUCUUCAUGGCAACACAGGAAGUGCUGGGAGCGCCUGUGAAUCUUGCUGAGCUGUGCGGCCAAUGUUUUCUUAUCAGGAAAACAUGGCCUACCGAGGUGUGGUGCCGUGGCCCCGCAAAGAGACACUUAGGAAGUAUGGUAUGCUCUCGCCCUGUAAAUCCAAGUUCUGAAGGCUCCCUUUACAGCACGCAGUGGGUACCGUGCCCCUGGAGGACGUGGCGACUUCACUGGCCCCUCUUGAGUCCUACAGAAGCAUGUGGGCCUCUGCGAGCCUGCCUCAGAUCCUUCAGCUAACUGCUGAUGUAGCCCAACCUAUUCUGUAUAAAAUAUAAAACACUGAAAAAAAUCUUCCUAGUGCUUGGCAAAUCACAAAAUAUUAAUUGAUAACCAUAAUUCAAAUUCCUUUUUGAAUACAUACACACAUAGGAUUUAAAAUAUUUUUUUAAAGAUAGAUGGAUUAAGUAGAAAUAAAAUCUCAAUGAAACUGGGAUGGAAGGUAAUUUUCGUAAUCUGAUAAAAGGAAUCUAAAAGAAACAGUAAACAUGCUUAAUUAGAAAAAUUUCCAGGGAUCUUAGGAAAAUGGAAUGGUGAUGUUACCACCACAAUUAAGUAUCGCCCUGGAGGUGCUAAUAAAUGUAAUAUUUUUUGAAAAACCAAAAUUAAGCUCUAAAAAAUAAGAAGUAUAUUUACCAUAAUUUCUAAACAGUAUUAUCUGUAGAAACACAAGAAAAUUAUUAGAAUUAGUAAGGAAAAUUCCUCAUGAUUGGUGAGUAGGUACAUAUUAAAAUUAGUGUACCAACAAUUAGGAAAAGUAUCCCAUUCACAAUAACAGCAGAAACUAUAAUAUGGAAUAAUCUUUAACAAAAAAACUUUAUGGAGAAAGGAAAGUUUUUCUAAAGAAUAAAGAGAUUCCUGUGCUCAUUUCGGCAGCACAUAUACUAAAAUUGGAAGAAUAAAGAGAUUCAAUGUUCAUUGAUAGGAGAAUUACUGUUUUAAAGUGGCCAUACAUUGAAAGCAAUACCAAUAAAAUUGCUACAGUUUUUAAAGUAGAAUGUGAGAAAAUGAUUAUAAAAUGUAUAUGGAGCUGUAAAGGUACAAGAAUAGCCAAGACAAUCUUACAGAAACAAAAAGAUGAGGAGACCUGCCCUGUGAGUUAUGAAGACAAAGUGGUAUCCGCAUGAAUAGACAAACAGCAUAGAGGAUCAAGAAACGGACCCACAUAUAUUUUGAAAUUUGGUAUACAAUAUAGGUGACAUUUCAAAUCAGAGUAGAAAAAUAAUGCUUCAGUAAAUUAUGUUGGAAGGACUAGCUAUCCAAAUGGAAUAAAGUCAGAUUCCUUCCUCAUAACCAUGCACAGAAAUAAGUUUCUUAUGUGUAAAGGAUCUAAACGAAAAAUAAAAUUACAGAGAAAACUUUCAGAAAAAGAGAGGCCUUUAAAGCAGAAUAAUACAAAAGCAAAACCUGUAACAAAAUAAUGUCUGUUAUAAUUUAAAUCCUUUGUCCAAGUGACACCAUAAUCAAAAGUAAAAGACAUGCCGUUGACAGCAGCUCCAAAAAUGAGCUAAUAAGAAAUGUAACUUACAGAAGGAACCAAAUCAAACCCUAAGUAUAGGAUAAAAUUCUCAAAAUUGUUAGUAAUCACAGCAAAAUAAAACAAUAAUGACAUCACUUUACACUAUUAGGCUGGCCAUAAAAGGGAAAAGUAGAGAAAGCUAGAUAGAUGAUGCCAAGUGUUUAUGGGCAUAUGACGAUACAGGAUCCUAAGGAUAGAGGCUGCCUUUCCCCUGGUCACAGUCUGAAGGACUUUGGCCAAUCCCAGGUAUGUGUUCCAGUAGGGCAAUCUGUCUACAGCAGGUUCAGGGUCACAGUUCUCAGCUCCCCAGCUCAUCUCCUAUUCCGGUCAACACCGAGGUUGCCUUCUUUAUCAUUCCCUGCAAUUGGCAGUGGGGGUGCGUAGGUUUACAUCCUAAUCUCCUUGACUCUGAGAGUGCAGGUUUUGAGGUCCUGGCUCAGUGUGGGACCGAUUGCUGUGCACUUCCAGUCAUGCCAUCCAGCACCUAGGUGGCUGCAGUGUGUGUCUCAGUCAUUCCCCAAAGUGGGGGCACCCUGGUGCAGAUGAGGUGCCAAUGAUGGGAGAGAAGGAAGUGUUCAGCAGAAUUUGAGAAGGUAUACACAUGUCCCAACUCAGCCCACGCUUUGUACCCCUCAGGUCCUCCCAUUAUGUAUGCCCCUCCGACUACACUACGACGCCUCCUCCAUGGAGAAUGAAGGCAUCCUCACUCUAAGUGUGAUCAGAGUCCCAGGUGGUGGCCAGUUCUGGUCUGGAAGCCUACAACAAGAGUGUUAGUGAAAAAGAAAGUCCCCUCUGCUGGAUUCCCUUCAGUCUGAUGGUACAUUGGGCAGUCUCGGCUAUUUACUUGGUGGGAUGACCCUGACCUUCAUCCCCAAGGUGAUGGUCAUGGUUGUUUCUGUGCUCACUGAGAUUCAUUGCUGGGUGAUUCAGUUUAGAGAAAGCCCGGUUAUUUCUAGGUUUCAGACACACUCCACCCUCCUCCCAUUACAUACGGGUACUAGCAGUCUUAGUCCCCGAUUGUCAGUUAUAACCCCAGUCGUGAUAGUCACUCCUUUCUUUGCCUGUUGGGCCACUGACAAAGAACAGAGUAGUCGGGUGGUCAUCGCAGCUUCCACUUAAGAGGAAAAUUGCUGUGACGCCUGAAAGAAUUGUCUCCACUCCUAUCCCCAGGAACUCAGGCCUGUCAUCACUGAGAGCCCAAGGUUAGCUAAUGAAUGAAUGAGAGCAGUAUUCCCGUUUGGUACUUGUUUCCUCCAAAUUCAAAUUUCAAAGAGACCCACCAAAACUUUUUUUGUAAGCGGUGAGAUAUUUGCGGUGCAGCAACUUGCUCUUCACCUGAGAAGACAUGUCCUGACGUGCCUUUGGGAAGGUUCCCAGUGCAUGGUGACCCUGGCCAACUAAGCAGGGUUGGAGUGGUGAUCAAGGUGCUUUUUGACCUGCAGAGAUCUGAGGUGGUGUUUGAUACACCAUAGUUCCCUAGGGAUGAUAUAAAUGGAGAACGAAUGAGAGUGCUAUUUAUUUAUAGAAACAGAAAAAACCUGAGGAUUAGUGAACUAGAUGUCUUCCACCUCAGUGGAAAGUCAAGGUCCCACACCCAACUCCCAGCUCUAAACUUAUAGAUCCAGAGCACACUGAUUGAAGGGAAGGUCAGUUCCUCUUGAGUAAAGUUCCUGUAACUCCGUCACAAACGUGAUGGACGCUGCUGGAUGGCUUCAGGUGUUUUUACCCAAGUAAUAAUCGUUAAUCAAAGGUGAGUGCCUCAUGUCAGUAAGUUAUCUCCUUCCCUCUUAAAUUCUACCUUCCCUCAUCUACCACCAAGAUUACCUUUAACACACGUGCCCCAUGUCCUAUUAUUAGGCAGGUCUUAUAACUCUUUUGCUAUGUAGGCAUUUCUUCCCAAAGCAGGGUUUGCAUUUCUCUUUCCAGGCUCUGCUGUUCCCUGAUUCUUGGUACUAGCCCGGAGGCAAUAAGGAGUGAGGGGUGGGCCCUGAGAAGACCAUCACUGUGCAGGACACCCCCCACGGGAGAGGCUAAUACCCCUGGUAAUGUGGAGGGGGCUGUUUCUGCCAUCA